AAAGCUACUCACUUGACGGUGGUCAAGGCACUGACGUCGCGUUUCAUUCACAGUAUUCCACUACUAUCUGUUUUUCCAGAUUAUACUUUAGCUAGCUUUUUAACCAAUAAGUUAGCAGUUUGUUUACCUGCCAGAGUUCACUAACGUUAUAGCUAUAGGUACUAGAGGAUUUGAGAUCAUACGUUUCCUGAAGUUCUUGACCCCCACUGUAUAUGGUUGGUUCAGCACCCAGGAUAAAGCUACCCAAAAAAAGAAAUGGGGGCAUUUUUGGACAAGCCAAAGAUGGAGAAGUUCAAUGCCCACGGAGAAGGAAACGGCCUACGAUAUGGCCUGAGCAGCAUGCAGGGCUGGCGGGUAGAGAUGGAGGAUACACACACGGCUGUCAUUGGCCUGCCCCAUGGCCUCAACCCCUGGUCCUUUUUUGCCGUGUAUGAUGGCCAUGCUGGCUCUCAGGUGGCCCGCUACUGCUGCGAGCACUUGCUAGAGCACAUCACCAGCAACCCAGAUUUCAGGGGUGGGGGUGCAGGACCAGGAGGUGGAGAAGAGGGGGGCAGGGCAAUUCUGGACAGGCAUGGACCCGAGCCAUCAGUGGAGAGUGUGAAGAGUGGCAUUCGCACUGGCUUCCUGCAGAUUGAUGAGCAGAUGCGAGUUAUCUCGGAGCGUAAGCAUGGUGCGGACCGCAGCGGCUCUACUGCAGUGGGAGUCAUGAUCUCACCCCGCCACAUGUACUUCAUUAAUUGUGGUGACUCACGGGCACUCCUCAGCAGGGGAGGCCGGGUCCAUUUCUUUACGCUGGAUCACAAGCCCAGCAAUCCAUUGGAAAAGGAGCGCAUCCAGAAUGCCGGUGGCUCUGUCAUGAUUCAACGUGUUAAUGGCUCGCUAGCUGUGUCUCGGGCCCUUGGUGACUUUGACUAUAAAUGUGUACAUGGCAAGGGCCCCACAGAGCAGCUUGUGUCGCCUGAGCCAGAGGUGUAUGAGAUUGAAAGAUCUGAGGCGGAGGAUGAGUUUGUUGUUUUGGCGUGUGAUGGCAUCUGGGACGUGAUGGCCAAUGAGGAGCUAUGUGACUUUGUGCGUUUACGUCUAGAGGUGACAGAGGACUUGGAGAGAGUGUGCAAUGAGAUUGUUGACACAUGUUUAUACAAGGGAAGCCGGGACAACAUGAGUGUGGUGCUGGUGUGUUUCCCAGGUGCUCCCAAGAUCUCGCAAGAAGCUGUGAAGAGACAGGCAGAGCUGGAUAAGUACCUGCAGAGCAGGGUAGAAGGGGGUGUAUCUUUGGGAUUGGCUCGACCAUGAUGUCCUCCACUGGGAGAGGAAUUCCCCUGCUGGAAUGAUAUGUUGAGGAUGUCAGACAUGGGUUGGCUCAACUCGCAGGUAAAUUCUUGGAGGAUCUGCUAUGGCAUACCUUCGGAACCUGGGGCUUUGUUGGUUUUGAUCACAGUCAGCUUAUCAUAAAACCUCCCAGGCUUUAGGGAUGCUGCAGGGCAGGUAAAAAUGGGAGGACUGUCAUGUCCAAGAGCAGUUGUAAUUGGCUGACCAGUGAGAAACGGAUGUUAGUUUCAUUCUUUAGGCUAUUCUAACUUCUUUGUUUUGGUCAUUGUCAGGAAAGCUCAUUUUCAGAGAGGCCUUUCAUUUCAGGCAUGAUUUGCAGGGUUCUUGCAGUGGCAGGUCUUGACUUGGCGAUGGUCUUCCACAGCUGAUAGGCCAAGGUGUCGAGGCAGUUGAGAAAGGCAGUAGUAACGGAGGGAGCGUUGAUGGCACAGGGAGGGAGAAGUGUCAGUCGCAUAGAUAUACCACCUGGCCUUUACAAAGUUGGAAACAGAUCCUUAAUUUAUGUUCUCCCUUCACUUUACUCACCAGUUCCUGUUCCCAUUCCAGUCCCAUAUUCAGGUCAGAGCAAGACUCACAGAUCAGACUAAGAGGAAUGUUCUUUAACUGCCCUGUGUGUUACAAGACUGCAGUUUGACAUUGAUUGUAAUUCCAUCACUGAUUUAACAUUGGCUUACAUUUGUGUUGCCUACCUCAGGGGUUCCCAAAUCUUUUAUUUUAAGUUAACUCAUUUUCUUUCAGUAUUAUUUCUAUAUUAAGUCGAACUUUGAGCAGUCUCAUUAAUCAGACUACUUCUGGACUGUACCAGAUUGAGCAUAUAUCUUGUCAUCUGAAUGCAUGUAUAUUGUAGAGUAAUGAUGUUUUGGUUCUGAGCAUACCGGCAAAGAUUUUUUAUAACUAAACCAAGGUAGACCACAGCACGUCGUUUCAAAUGGGAACAAAUGAGUCAUAGUGGGCAGAACCAAGCAUGAGCUAGCGAGAUCCUAUUGGCGCAUUCUAGCAUGAAUUAGCGUAUUUCCGUUAGGGAACACCUACACUGUGAAGUGCGCGUGUGCAAUAACUCAAUUCGUCUUUGCACUCCUUCGAGAACACUUUUUUUUUUAAAAAAAAUUUGUGCAAAUGGUAAAAGUCUAAAAAACUUUGUCCACUCUGUUCAUUGUAGAUUCUAGUUUUGGGAACAGAAAACUGUAUUGAGAUCAAAUGUUUCACCGAUUAGAAAAUUAGCAGAAUGCCGGACAAAAUCCAUUUAGUUCCAUCUUCUCCCACUGCCUGCCACUGGGCUUCCUCUCACUAAGCGGAUGCUUCACAUUUAUAUAUCUGGUGAAAUAUCUGUCUCAUAGUUCCAUCUGUGAGACUGGUGCAUGGAAAAUGCCAGACAUUACUCAAAACUCUCAAAUGAGAAGCAUAAGAAAGAGGUGACACACAAUGCUCCAUUUAACUUAAAGGGAUAGUUUGCCCAAAUGACAAAAUUAUAUAGGUUUCCUUAACCUGUGAUCAGUCUAUGGACAAGGUUCGACAGCUAUCCAUGCUUUAGUUUUGUUUACCUGGCCACUGUUUCCAAAUGCUAACUUUUGAGCAUUUGUGGCACAAAUCCAAUGUAAGUCAAUGGUACCAAUAUUUUGCCUGACGACUAAAUCAGAAUUCUUCAGCUGCCUUAUCAUUUGCUGCAUACUUCAGUCUGAGACUGCCAUCUUUGACGUCGUUUGUGGUGAUGUCUAAAUGAGGAGUGUUGUUAAAAAUAAAUCGGUGAUUGGAUCAUCUCUAACCGAUCAGAGUAUGACACAUUUUCAAAACUCUGCUUUACCCACGUGUGUUCUGGCUCUGUCGCAGCCCAUUGGUUCUUGGGACCAUGCUCAUUGAGCUAUUAGUGUUUAUCCCAUUUUGCAAAUGUUGUAGCAUUGAAGCUGGCCAGUGUUUUUUGGAGAUCUGUGGUGUAAAUGGAUUGGUUGCUCUUGGAAGCUGUCAUAUCAAUGUUUUAUCCUAUGUACCAACUAGCACAAUGAUGGUGCCACAUUCCCAAGGUUUCUAUCUAGUGCGUAGCAAAGGGAUUGUUGUUAUGACUGCAAUUAGGCCUACCUCAUUUAGAACAUGGCUAGCUGCAUAUUGGCCUAUACAUGCCUCUGAGCAAUAACUCAUUGAAUUUCAUGUAAUGUAUUUAUUAAUAUAAUUUAUGUAUCCUGCAUUCGCACUCAUAGUAGACUGUCCAUGCACUCAGUUACACAAAAUAUAUACAUGUAUUUUUUAAAGCACGACUAAUGCAAAGAAAGAAAUUGAUUAGGCUAUUUUCUUUGUUAUUAUUGUUGUCUUAAAUAAAACUGUCUUGAUUGGUACGCAUCUACUGCAGCAUUGUUCAGGGUUAGUUUCACCAAAAUUACACAUUUGUAUGAUUUUUUUUUUUUACACUUCUCUAGGCUGUUGUCAAUCAACCCAAACAGUUUUUAUACUGUAUGUGCACUCUGCAACAUUUUGUCAUUGUGCAUAAUAAUAAUAAGAGAUGUAUUUUUCCCUUCUUGUUUGGAGUGGUUGAAAAAAAACACAGGCUCCACAGUAGUAGGCCUACUACACAAAUAACAGAGGACAUACAUGAAAUAUCACAGCCCCGUCUCUGAGUAGGACUAGUGAUCUACGAUCACUUAUGCCUUUCAGAUCACCUCUCCUACUCUUUAUAAGGGAUCUGUUAUUCAUUUUUGAAUAAGAAAUGCAGAAAACAGAUUAAUACUCUUUCCUUAUCAUAAUCCAAAAUAAAAUGAGUUCUUCCUGACCAGCCACUAGCACAUAAGUAAGCAUUUCUUUUUUAUUUACAAUCUCAAGUUAUUUUAUUAUUUUACUUGACAUAAAGUGCUAUGUGCCAGUAGACUUUUAAAUUUUUUUUUUUUUUUUUUAACAUCAUAGACCUUUUAGGAUAAUUAUUUAAAUGUAUGUAAUAAUAUAAUAUUUGGGUUUAGUAUAUCAUAUAUAAUGUACUUCAGACAUCUGUUUUUCAUAAGAAUUUGCUUAAAUGCAGUUUCUGCCUGAUUUCAUUCUCCUCCAAUCAAAUCUCUGUUAGCAAUACUUCCAGUUAGGUCGUGUUUGAUACAGCAAUUGGAUGCGUUUUGGUUAAAUAUUUUUGUUGAAUAAUGCUUUACCUAGGAAAAGCAGUAGUUUUUGGGAAAUUCUAAAACGCUAGUCAGAGGUUGCUGAAACAAACUAAAUACCCAACUAUGUAUUUAAAUCUGUCUGGGUCAAUAAACAACAGCCUAAAAGUAAGUGAACAAACCCAUUAAUGGUUCUGUGUCAUGAACUCUUUUUAGCACUAAAGGAAAUAGGCACUGUCUUUUCAUUGAACAUGCAUAACAUUUGUAAGAUGAAGGAAUACAUGUAUUUGAAAAGACUUCCCCCUGCCAUCUAUACAGACUGUGUUGUCUAUAGCUUUAUAUGUAAGAUGGUGAUGUUUUCAGAAAGCUCAUUCCAAGGUCUUAAAAGUUAGUUUGAAGGAUUUAUUUGAACUUGUAUAUCCAAAUAUCAGAAAUGUAGACAAAUGUGAUGUCAUUUUUAGAUGUUUGCUAUGAUUGAAAUAAAGUUAUUUACUGAA